AAGCAUUCUUUUUCUUUUUCUUUUUUUUUUUCUUCUCAUUCAGAUUCAGAUUCAGAUUCAGAUUCAGAUUCAGAUUCAGAUUUUUUUCAUCCUCAUCCUCAUUAACCUCAGCUCAACUUGUUCACUUGCACACUUUCCUAGCUAUUCAAGUGUCUUUAUUACUCAGCUCUACGUUAUUUUUUCUUGAGAGAGAUUUUCUGUACCCCGCAUUUCUCGUGAACAUUUUUAUUUUACUUUACCACGCUCUGCUCCUUUACUCUUUUACAUUUUUACAUCUCUUUUUCUCUUUUCCCUUUUUUCCUUUCUUUCUUUCCUUCUUACCUUACUUCAUUUUAUUUAGCAUCAACCUCUUCAUCUCCUUACCAUAUUUUAUCAGCACAUUCAAAAAAUCAUGACUACUCCACCAGUCUUCACUGUUAUAGUUCUCGGUGCUUCUGGUGAUCUGGCCAAGAAAAAGACCUUCCCAGCGCUCUUUGGCCUGUACUUAAAUGGACAUAUUGCAUCUACAACCCGGAUUAUUGGCUAUGCACGCACAAAGAUGGAUCGUUCAGAGUUCCUGAAGCGUGUGUCACAGCAUAUCAAGAACACAAACACUCCCAAGGCUAGGGGCAUGUUGACUCAGUUCCUGGACCAGUGUACAUAUGUUUCGGGUGUGUAUGAUCAGGACUCGGGCUUCCAAGCAUUAGAACAAGAACUGCAACGAGUCGAGAGAGAGACUCGGGCGCAUGAUCGCCUGUUCUACAUGGCCCUGCCUCCUUCAGUCUUCAUCCCUGUAGCUAAUGGAUUGAAGAAGAACUGUUACACUUCCAAUGGUACCAACCGUUUGAUCGUCGAGAAGCCUUUUGGAAUGGAUCUUGAGAGCUCACGCACUUUGUCCAAGGCCCUGGGCUCCCUUUUCAGGGAAGAUGAGAUUUAUCGCAUUGAUCAUUACCUGGGCAAGGAGAUGGUCAAGAACAUCAUGAUCCUGCGCUUCACAAACCAGAUCUUUAGCUCUUGCUGGGACAAGGAUCACAUCUCGAACGUCCAGAUCACCUUUAAGGAAAAGAUUGGCACUGAGGGCCGUGGCGGCUACUUUGAUGAAUUUGGCAUUAUGCGCGAUGUCAUGCAGAACCAUCUCCUCCAGAUUUUGACUUUGAUUGCUAUGGAGACUCCUGCAUCUACGAAUGCUGAAGAUAUCCGUGACGCUAAGGUCAAUGUCCUUCGCGCUAUUCCGGAAAUCAUCGAGUCUGAGGUACUAUUGGGUCAAUAUGGUAGAUCCGAGGAUGGCACCAUGCCUUCGUACCUCGAUGAUGAGACUGUUCCCAAAGGCAGCAAGACCGCCACGUUUGCAGCAGCGACUCUCCAUAUCAACAACCCCCGCUGGGAAGGUGUUCCAUUUGUUCUAAAGUGUGGUAAAGCAUUGGAUCAACCAAAGGUCGAAGUCCGCAUCCAAUUCAAGGAUAUGGGUAACAGCUUGUUCCAAAAGGAUGUGGCCGCUCGUAACGAACUGGUCAUUCGCGUCCAACCUGAAGAAGCCGUCUAUUUAAAGAUGACUCAAAAAUUACCUGGCUUGGGCAUGGAUACUGUCAUCUCUGAACUCAAUCUGUCGUAUGCUUCCAGAUUCACAAACCUGUCCGUCCCUGACGCGUAUGAAAACUUGAUUUUGGAUGCCAUCAUGGGCGAACAGUCCAACUUUGUGAGAAGCGAUGAGCUGGAUGAAGCUUGGAGAAUCUUUACACCUGUCUUGCAUAAGAUUGACAAAGGUCUUGUACCUGUUGAGAUCUACCCCUAUGGUAGCCGUGGUCCUAAGCAGCUUUCUGAAUUUGUAGCCAAGUUCGGAUUCGAGAGGCAUUUGCAGGCUUACUCCUGGCCAGAAACUUCCCAGACGGCUGUUGCUGCCGCUGCUUCAUCAACUGGUCCUGCUGCCACUUCAUCAACAGGUGCUGCUGGCAGCAAACUCUAAUUAUCACCACCAUAGCAAAUGGAAAUCAUCUCAAUCAUACUCACAACCCCAGAGAGCCUUUAACUUUAACGGGUGGUUAUAAAAGAAACAGAAAUGUAUAUAUCUUUGCAUAGUUUAGGAGUCUAGGAAAAAA